GUUAGGUGUAUAUCUAUGCCAAAUUAACACUUUCUUGUUCUUGAUCCUCGGUCCCUCAUAAUUUGCAAUCGCCCACUCCACCAUUGAGGCCCAAACACAGAAACGUAGUGUUGUUUAUAAAUUAAUUAACCAACUACGCUGUCAAUACAAACCUGAAACUCCAAUAAUUUCCUUUCAGUUUGGUUAUAAUAUUGCAUGAAAUCCUAAAAUCUUAAAACCCCAUGAACAUUCUCAAAACUAGACAACUGAAUGAGGCUCUAAAACACAUCAUCUCAACCCCAACAACCCACCUAGACCCUUCUCUGUACAUGACACUAUUACAAAUUUGCAUUGAAAACAAAGCUCGAAACCAAGCUCAUUCGGUUCACACCCACAUUAUAACAAAUGGGUAUCAUUCUAGUGUGAAUUUGAGUAACAAAUUGGUUAUUUUCUAUGGGAAAGUUGGUGACAUUGUGUGGGCACGCAAAGUGUUCGAUAGAAUGCACCAAAGAAAUGUUGUGUCAUGGACAGCAAUGAUUUCUGGAUAUGCGCACGGUGGAUUUUAUGAGGAUGCUUUGUUAGUGUUUAAGGGAAUGUGUAGAGAUGGUGUGAGGGCGAAUCAGUUCACAUUUGGAAGCGCAUUGAGGGCGUGCAUUCGGAUAGGGUGGUUGUGGAGUGGAAUGCAGAUACAAGGGUGUAUUGAGAAAGGAAGGUUUGGGGAGAAUUUAUUUGUGAAGAGUGCGUUGCUUGACUUGCACGCCAAGUGUGGAAGGGUUGAGGACGCAUGGUUGUUAUUUGAGACGAUGAAAGAAAGAGAUGUGGUUUCCUGGAAUUCAAUGAUUGGUGGGUUUGCUUUGCAAGGUUUUGUUGGUGAUUCGUUGAGGCUGUUUCAAUCGAUGAUGAGAGAAGGGCAUGUUCCUGAUUGCUUCACCUUGGGGAGUGUUUUAAGAACCUCUGUUGGAGGCAUUGGUCUUAUGAACAUCCACCAAAUUCAUGGAUUGAUCAUCAAACUAAGUUUCGGAUCAUCUAAUAUGUUGAUUGGUUCACUAGUCAAUGCAUAUGCAAAGUGUGGAAAUACAAGAACUGCUUAUCAGUUAUACAAAAAUCUGGUAAAGAAAGAUGUAGUAUCUUGCACUGCAUUGAUCAGUGGGUUUGCUCAUGAAAAAAGUUUUUGUGGAGAGGCUUUGGAUCUUUUCAAAGAAAUGAUUAUGAAGAAAAUGGAGAUUGAUGAUGUUCUAUUAUGCUUAAUGCUUUACAUGUGUGCGAACAUGGCAUCACUAAAUUUGGGAAAGCAAAUACAUGCCCUUGCUUUAAAAUGUCAGCCAAGCUAUGAUGUGGCUAUGGGAAAUGCUCUCAUAGAUAUGUAUGCAAAAUCUGGAGAAAUCGAGGAUGCAAGACUUGGUUUUGAUGAGAUGGGAGAGAAAAAUGUGAUUUCAUGGACAUCCUUGAUUGCUGGGUAUGGGAAGCAUGGCUAUGGGCAUAAAGCAAUUGCACUAUAUGAGAAAAUGGAAUAUGAAGGAAUGAAGCCAAAUGAUAUCACCUUCUUGUCUCUGCUUUUUGCUUGCAGUCAUACUGGAUUGAAUACUGAAGGAUGGGCAUUAUUCAAUAAUAUGGUUAGAAAACACAAAAUAAUCCCUCGAGAUGAGCAUUUUUCUUGUGUGGUUGAUCUGUUUGCACGUGGAGGGCACUUAGAAUCAGCUUAUGAUAUACUAUGUAAGAUGAAUAUUAAGCCUAGUGCAUCAAUUUGGAGUGCUAUUCUUGGGGCAUGUAGUAUAUAUGGCAGUAAGUCACUUGGAGAAUUAGCUGCCAAGAAUCUUUUCAAUAUGGAGCCAGAGAGGUCAGUGAACUAUGUAGUUUUGUCAAGCAUAUAUGCUGCAGCUGGAGAAUGGGAAAAUGCUCGGAAAAUACGGAAACUAAUGAAAGAGAGAUGUUUAAGAAAGAACGUUGGAUCCAGCUUUAUCUAGUUGGGAAAGAAGAAGAUUUAAUUUUGAUGCCAUGUGGAGAGGAUGCAAUUGCUUCGAUUUUUAUUCAACCAUGGAGUUGAACUAGAACUUAUUUGAGUAAUAUCUUAUUUUGAAGCUACAGGAGAUUGGAGGAAUGGUGAUUACCUCAAAGUGUUAUGUUUGUGAAGGGAAUUGUGUUAGUUUAGUCGAUAAAAUGUUUUUGAACAUUGACAACGAUUACUCCUGAGUGCUAGCUGGGAGUUUAGACUUGAAGGAUCAUAUGGUUGGUCGUGCACAGCUUUUCUAGUUUAUUCUUAUUCUAACAUAUUCAGGCCUCCAUCUACCUGGUUGAAGCAAGAUUGCAGCACUGAAUGAGGUUUGAAGUCUAAUUUAACUGACCAUGCUCUGUUUAGAGUAUUAAAAUUAAUUCAUGACCUAAGGGCUAGUAGAGACAUGGUGGAGCAUACUCGAAUAGGAGAUUGGUACAGUAGAAUUGAGAAUGUUGGUGGAGAGUCUUCAAGAAUUAAGUCCUAGACUGGAAGAUGACAAGAAACCAUUGAAGAAAGUCAAGCUUUCUGGAAUGACAUCAAAUAAGAAAAUUCUAAGCUGUCAACAUGAUUCUCAUUUGUUAAGGUUCCUUCAUCUCCAACUUCAUUAAAGCAAACCCAUGCUACUUGUAUAUCUAAAAUUAAAAAAUGGUCAUGUCUACUAGAACUUUUAGAACCUAACUCCUGGCUUCAGGCUGGGAGCUUUGGAUUCCUUGCUGAAAUUACAAUGCAGAGUUUGGAGCUUCUACCUGUUGCAACCGUUAAUAAAGGUGCAAUUUUCUGCUUUCUUGUAUAGUUUUAAAAUUGCUACAUCAUUCUGAUACAGACCUGGAGAUGUGCAUUGCAGCUGCUUUUCACUACUGCCGAAGAAUAAUGCUCAUUGGAUUGUUGCUGGAAUUUGUAAUGUUUUUGGGAAUAAAAAAGGUGCUGUUUAGUAGAUUGUAAUUGUAACUCAACACCAACAAUUGUAAAUAAAGGAUAUUUGUAUUGAUUGAUUUCCAAAAAUUUAAUAAAAAGAGUAUUUGCAUUCA